AUGUUGCUGUCAGUGCAAUGGCUCAGCGAUAAAAUCUUACCCUGGCUUCGACCGCCAACACAAUCACCAUUCCGCACCGUAUUCUAUGGCAUAAUUUUGGGAAUUUCGCUAUCCCUUUCCUCAAGUUCGGCAAUAUCGUACUAUCGAACACGAAGAGAAGAAGAAGAAACCUUACAAUUCGAACCACGGCCAAUCGAGCUGCGCAGCGAUGAAGUCCUUUCCGGAGUUACCGGUCUUAUAGGAAAUACACCUUUGAUUCGCAUCAACUCCUUGAGUAAUGCUCUAGGUGUGGAAAUUUACGGAAAAGCAGAGUUUCUUAAUCCCGGAGGUAGCGUGAAGGAUCGUGUGGCUCUACGCAUGAUAGAGGAUGCAGAAGCUCAGGGACUUUUGCGACCUCAUACUGGGUCUCGAAUCUUCGAAGGAACGGUUGGUUCAACUGGAAUCUCUAUUGCCACGAUAGCCCGCGCCAGAGGCUACGAUGCCACAAUCAUCAUGCCAGACGAUGUUGCACAAGAAAAAGUCAAAGCUCUACUUGCCCUCGGAGCUGAGGUGGAACGCGUUCGCCCAGCAAGUAUAGUAGACAAGAAGCAAUAUGUGAACCUUGCCAAAGAACGCGCAAUCUCCUUCGGAAAACUCCUUCCAAGCUCCAAACCACACCUUUUACCGACACCGUCCUCUUCUGUGGUCGUUUCGACCAUCUCCGACGAAACAGUGGACCAGGACGUAGAAUCCGAGAUUCCCGAUUAUCGUCCUUACAAACCGAGAGGGUUUUUUGCUGAUCAGUUCGAGAAUCGAAGUAAUCACGACGCUCACUUUGAAGGUACUGGUCCAGAAAUUUGGAGGCAGGUGAAUGGCCAUUUACAUGCCUUUGUGAGUGGUGCCGGUACUGGUGGGACUAUCGCCGGUAUUGGGCGUUUUGUCAAGUCGAAGAAUGAAGCCGUUCAGGUAGUUCUUGCUGAUCCAGAGGGAAGCGGAUUAUACAACAAGGUCAAAUACGGAGUGAUGUUCGACUACAAAGAGAGCGAAGGCAAAAAAAGACGACAUCAAGUAGACACUGUCGUUGAAGGAAUUGGAAUCAAUAGAAUAACCAACAACAUCGAUCUGGCUCUCCCCAUCAUCGAUGAAGCAUACCGGAUAACGGAUGCAGAGGCAGUCAGCAUGUCUCGAUACCUUGUCAAACAUGACGGCCUUUUCCUUGGAUCGAGCAGCGCAUGCAACCUUGUCGCAAGCGUAAAGCUCGCUCAGAAGAUGGGUUGGAAGGAAGGUCAAGUCAUAGUCACGAUUUUAUGUGACUCUGGGACCAGACACUACUCUAAGUUCUGGAACGAUGAGUACUUGCAAAACGUUGGUAUUCCGAAUGAUAUCACAAUCAUUGAGGAGUUACUUGCCCAAAUCACGGAGUGA